UAACAAAGAGACAUGUCCACCUUGCAAAGAAAAGAAACUAACAAAACAAACUAGCUUCAUUUUCUUUGCUAAUCCAGUCUUGCCAGAAUCCUGCUGUAAUAGUUUGUGUUUUCCGUUUGAUGUUCUCUGCACAAACAACUUAGUUGAUACUCGCAGCUUUUUUUAAAUACAGCUUCAAUCUAAUAAACUAAAGCAAGGUGAAGGACAUGGGGAGGGAAGAUCAUCAUCACCAGCAUCGUCACUCUGAUACAGAGCUCAUAUCUGCUGAAAAGGUAGCUUACAGUGGUCCCAUGAGCGGACCUCUUAACAAGAAAGGAGGAAAAAAGAGUGCCAGGUUCAAUAUCCCGGAGUCCAGUUCAGCCCAGGAUGAACAAUAUGUGGAGGUCACACUGGAUGUCCGCGAUGAUUCUGUGGCUGUCCACAGCGUGAAAACUGCAAAAGGGGGCGAAGAAGUUGGCGAGAUGACUCUACUUGGUAGGGGUCUCGAGAAAAGAUCUACUUCAAAAGUUGCGAGGAAUGCUUCUGCUAGGAUCAAGCAGGUUUCUCAAGAAAUAAAGCGAUUGACUUCUUUCUCCAAGAGGCCUCCUCCUGGUCGUCGCUUUGACAGGACCAAGUCUGCAGCUGCUCAUGCUUUGAAGGGUCUUAAGUUUAUCAGCAAGACUGAAGGAGGUGCAGGGUGGGAUGGUGUGGAGAAGCGGUUCGAUGAAAUUACUGCCUCCACUGAUGGCUUGCUUCCUCGCUCGCGAUUCUGUGAAUGCAUAGGAAUGAAGGAGUCGAAGGAAUUUGCAGGGGAGUUGUUUAAUGCACUGGCUCGGAAGAGGAAUAUACAGGGUGAUUCUAUCAGCAAAGAUGAGUUGAAGGAAUUCUGGGAACAGAUUUCAGACCAGAGCUUCGAUUCCAGGCUUCAAACUUUCUUUGAAAUGGUGGAUAAAGAUGCUGAUGGCAGAAUCACAGAAGAGGAAGUCAGAGAGAUUAUUACCCUUAGCGCUUCUGCCAAUAAACUCUCAAAUAUCCAAAAACAAGCAGAGGAAUAUGCAGCCUUGAUCAUGGAAGAGCUGGAUCCAGAAAAUCAUGGAUAUAUCAUGAUAGAGAACCUGGAAAUGCUUCUAAUGCAUGGACCAAACCAAUCUGUGAGAGUAGGAGAGAGCAAAAACCUGAGCAAAAUGCUCAGCCAGAAACUUAAGCCUUCAAUGGAUGAAAAUCCAAUUAUUGGAUUCUGCAGAAACAUCAAGUACUUCAUUUUAGACAACUGGCAGAGAGUGUGGGUGAUAGCUCUGUGGAUUGGGGUUAUGGCUGGCCUAUUUGCUUACAAAUAUGUGCAGUAUAAACACAGAGCAGCCUACGUGGUAAUGAAGGAAUGUGUCUGCGUUGCCAAGGGAGCAGCCGAAACGCUGAAGUUGAAUAUGGCUUUAAUAUUACUGCCAGUUUGUAGAAACACCAUCACCUGGCUCAGGAAUAAAACCAAGUUGGGUGUUGUAGUUCCUUUUGAUGACAACCUCAAUUUCCACAAGGUGAUAGCAGUGGGGAUUACAAUUGGAGUUGGUCUGCAUGGGAUUUCUCAUUUAGCCUGUGACUUCCCUCGGCUUCUUCAAGCAAGUGAAGAGAAGUGGAAGCUUAUGCAGCCAUUCUUUGGGGAUCAACCUUCAAGCUACUGGCAUUUUGUCAAAUCAGUAGAGGGAGUGACUGGAAUCAUAAUGGUGAUAUUAAUGGCGAUAGCCUUUACACUAGCGACCCCUUGGUUCAGGCGUAACAGACUCAAUCUGCCAACCUUCCUCAAGAAGCUCACCGGUUUCAAUGCCUUUUGGUACUCUCACCAUCUCUUCGUCAUUGUCUACGCUCUGCUCAUUGUGCAUGGUCAUUACCUAUAUCUCACUCAUAAAUGGUACAAAAAAACGACAUGGAUGUAUUUAGCUGUUCCUGUGAUUCUUUAUGCCAGUGAAAGAUUAACCAGAGCACUAAGGUCCAGUAUCAAGCCUGUUACAAUAAAAAAGGUGGCUAUUUAUCCUGGAAAUGUGUUGGCACUUCACAUGUCAAAGCCUCCAGGAUUUAGAUACAAGAGUGGACAAUACAUGUUUGUUAAUUGUGCUGCUGUUUCUCCAUUUGAAUGGCACCCAUUUUCCAUUACUUCUGCUCCUGGAGAUGACUAUUUAAGUGUUCACAUUAGAACUUUGGGUGACUGGACAAGGCAACUCAAAACUGUAUUCUCACAGGUUUGCCAACCUCCUGACACCGGGAAAAGUGGACUUCUCAGAGCUGACGGCUUCCAAGGAAACAACAAUCCAAUUUGUUUUCCAAGGGUUCUGAUUGACGGUCCAUAUGGAGCACCAGCACAAGACUACAAGGAAUAUGAGGUGCUUCUGCUUGUAGGUCUAGGAAUUGGAGCAACUCCAAUGAUAAGCAUUGUGAAGGAUAUUGUAAGCAACAUCAGGGCCAUGGAAGAAGAAGCAGAGGGUUCAAUAGAAAAUGGUACAUUUGCAAAAACACCUAGUCCCAGCAACGCACUGAGAAGAAGAGAAGAGUUCAAGACAAGCAGGGCAUACUUUUAUUGGGUGACUAGGGAACAAGGCUCCUUCGACUGGUUUAAAGGGGUGAUGAAUGAAGUGGCUGAAUUAGACCACAACCAUGUCAUAGAGCUCCAUAACUAUUGCACUAGUGUUUAUGAAGAAGGAGAUGCAAGGUCUGCCCUAAUUGCCAUGCUUCAGUCUCUCCACCAUGCCAAGAAUGGCGUUGAUAUUGUCUCUGGAACUCGAGUUAAGUCUCACUUUGCCAAGCCUAAUUGGAGGAAUGUCUACAAACGCAUUGCCCUUAAUCACCCAGAUUCUCGAGUUGGGGUGUUCUAUUGUGGGGCACCAGCACUUACAAAAGAGCUACGCCACCUAGCUUUGGAUUUCUCACACAAGACAAGUACCAAGUUUGAUUUUCACAAAGAAAAUUUCUAAUUUCCUAAGGAUGAGGAAGAGAAAGAGAGAGAAAACGUGAGAGGCCAACUCAUCUUGAGCUCCAGCAAGAUCCAACUUGCUAGCACGUUACAAAGAUUUUUGCCCCUUUUGUUGACCUUCAAGUCUGUCAAUAAUGUAAUUCUUUAAUAUUUUAUUUAAGUUUGCUUUAGAUUUCAAUAGACAACUGGUAAAAAUGAUGCAUGAAAGAUAGUGAUUUGCAUGAUGUGAUUGAAGGGGCAAUCAGCCUCAGACUUCACAGCCCACAUAACAGUUGGUGAUUUUCUUCCUUUUACAUCUUAAAGAACGGUGAUUUUAUUUCG